AUUGUAGGAAAGUUAUAGAGUUCACAAACUAUGGUAUAGAUCUGAAAAGUCCAAGAAUGUCAGAACAGUACAGAUAUUCCCCAAAUGUCAGAACAGUACAGAUAUCCCCCAAAUGUCAGAACAGCACAGAUAUCCCCCAAAUGUCAGAACAGCACAGAUAUCCCCCAAAUGUCAGAACAGGACAGAUAUCCCUCAAAUGUCAGAACAGCACAGAUAUCCCUCAAAUGUCAGAACAGCACAGAUAUCCCACAAAUGUCAGGAUAGUAGAUAUCCCCCAAAUGUCAGGACAGUACAGAGACCCCCUAAAUGUC